AUGGUCUACAAAACAGGACUCUUGUUGGUUACCUUAUUGGUGGGGAGCUUGGCUCUCCCAAUGCCCGAAGGUGACUUCUUCAGUGACAACAUUAGUUCCCGCAUCGUUGGGGGAACCGUUGCAGCUGUGGGAAGUCAUCCUCAUAUGGUAGCUUUGACUAGAGGUUUACUGGUCAGAUCAGCCUUCUGUGGAGCAUCUCUCAUCUCGCCACGGACUGUCUUGACCGCCGCUCACUGCGUGACCGGCGUGAUAAGCGGAUCAACAGUAAACAGUCAACUGCGUGUUGUCGUCGGCACCAACCGCUGGAACUCAGGUGGAACUGAGCACCGCGUGUCCCGUGGUGUAAUACACCCUAGCUACGACGCAUCAAAUAUCAAGAGCGACAUCGCCAUUUUAAACACUGAGAGUGCUAUUGCACUGAACAACCGCGUUGGGACAGUAACUGUCUCCUACAAUAAUGUCGGCGGUGGUGUGCCCGUACUUGCAGCUGGGUGGGGCGCAACAAGGGCUAGCGGUCCUGUACAAAGCGAUCUCUUGGAAGUGCGAGUCACUACUCUCUCCGGCACACAGUGCGAAAACGAUAUGAGACGAUUCCAGACGACGACUAACAGGAGAAUACCACCCAUUGACAGUAGGGUUGAGCUCUGCACUUUCCACAGUCGCGGACAAGGCACCUGCCAAGGUGAUUCCGGUUCUGCUCUGCGCCGCAUCGACAAUGGGCAACAGGUCGGCAUCGUCUCCUGGGGCUACCCAUGUGCUCAGGGCGCUCCUGACGUGUUUGUGCGUGUCAGCAGUUUUGAAACCUUCAUCAGGGCUAAUACCAUGUAA